UCAAGAUGGCGUUUGACGGAGAAGACGUUAUUACAGUCGUCACAGUUCAGUGUUCUUAAUCUGUGCGUCCAUGUACACAUAUAUGUCCUUUAUUAGACUCUAUUAAAAUAGAGUAAACAUCGUUGAGAAUUGUUUGCAUCCGGUUAUAUUGGUCUGAGCGCACUUUGAUGCUACUCGAGCUAGCUUAGAUUGCUAGUUAGCUUAGCUUGUUAGCUGCUAACAAAGAGAGGCGGAAGUGAUCAAAACACAUCGCUAAGCAGAGAUCAAGUGUGAGUGUAAAGUGUUGUGAUUGUGUGAAAAUGUGCGAAAGAACGAUAGCAGAGUACGAGGAGGAACUUUGUCCAACAAAAGAGGAGAAGGAGCGACAACAUCAAAAACUUCAAGUUGUGUUACAUAGAACAGACGUCUGUGAAGAACAUCACCCUGAGCAGCAAUUGCUGAUCUCAAGCAUGUUUAACGCUGCUUGUCUCGUCAUGCCUGAUGGUUCGGCGCCAUUACAACAGCCAGUCGCAGCUACCGCAGUUUUUGCUGCAACAGUGACACUCCCGGAGUUCUGGCAGAACAAUCCUGAGCUCUGGUUCCAGCAUGUGGAAGCCCAGUUUCGACAUCAGGGGAUUAAAGCAGAUGAGACACGGUACUACCAUGUUGUCACUGCUCUGAACGCUCAAACGACGCGGAGAGUUAUGGGCGUGCUGAGGGAUCCUCCGGCGGCAGACAAGUACGGUGCGUUAAAGACUUUAUUGCUGCGGCUGUACCAGCUGUCCGACGCCGAGCGAGCUGAGCGCCUCUUGUCUCUCAACGGCCUGGGAGACCGCAAGCCUACCGAGCUAAUGGAUAACAUGCUCGCAUUGCUCGGUUCCAGGGAUGCAUCGUUCCUGUUUGUGCAGCUGUUUCUCCGUCAGCUACCGCCCCCGGUACGCACGGCGCUCGCCAACUCGCCGUUAGUCACCACGAAAGAUUACCGAGGUUUUAGCUGAAGAGGCGGACAGGAUUCUUCUAGCUGGUCGCCAGUUCAGCGUUCAAGCCCUGCUGCCUGCAUCGACCUGGAAUGCACAUGAGGAGCUCGAUGCUAGCGCUGUGGCUGCAGUGUCGGACCGUCGCCGCAGGGAGGCGGAGUUAUGUUUUUACCACUGUCGUUUUGGGACUAAGGCAAAGCGCUGCGUGUCGCCUUGCGCUUUCCCGGGCCAGGGAAACGCCAGGGCCGGUGCUCAGUGGCAGCAGUGAGCACGGGCAGAGCGGAUAAGCUGCUGUUUGUCACCGACGGCUUGUCGGGCCGCCGCUAGCUGGUGGACUCGGGCGCCCAGCGGCGUAUCCUGCCUGUAUCAGCUGUGGAGAAGAUGGAAGAUGGCCAUGGACCCCCGCUGAGUGCCGCCAAUGGAACCGGCAUCCGCACUUUCAGCACCAGGUCAUUGACUGUUUCGUUUUCUGACCGCACGUUCACCUGGGACUUCGUUAUUGCCUCUGUGGCCGUACCUAUUCUUGGGAAAGAUUUUUUUUGUGUGCAAAUAGACUGUUGGUGGACAUCUCGAAUGGCCGUUUAAUUGACUCUGUUGCUUUCUCCACUAUUCCAUGCACACUGGGGGGUCCGGGGCCUGUGACCCUCGCCAACAUGCUCGCUGUUGGGGAUGUUUGUCAAUGGCUCCUUGCAGGGUUUCCAGAACUGACUACCAACGUUUUUGGCAGCGGUCGCAGAGCAUGGGGUGGAGCACUUCAUCCCUACAGUGGGCCCGCCUGUUUUUACCCAGGCACGGCGGCUUGACUCUGCUAAACUGGCCCUAGCACAACAGAAAUGUGCCACUAUGGAGAGACUUGGGAUUGUACGGGGUUUCAAACGUCCUUGGGCUUCGCCUCUACUUAUGUUACCGAAGCCUGGGGGGAUGUGGCGGCCUUGUGGUGACUUUCACCGACUGAAUAAUGUCACCAUGCCGGACCGUUACCCCAUGCUGCUCAUUCAGGACUUUUCUUCACGGCUGGCUUCAGCGUCUAUUUUUUCAAAGGUAGAUUUGGUGCGUGGCUACUACCAGGUACCUGUACAUGAGUUGGACAUCCCGAAGACUGUAAUAAUAACUCCUUUUGGAUUAUUUUAGUUUUUGAGGAUGCCAUUUGGCCUGCGGGGGGCAGCACAGACUUUUCAGUGGCUCAUGGACUCUGUUCUAAGGGAUUUACAAUUUUUGUUAGUUUAUUUUGAUGAUAUUCUAGCGGCCAGUCGAUCAGCCGGGGAACAUCUGAUACAUUUACGGCUGCUGUUUAGCCGGUUGAACGAACAUGGGCUGAUUGUGAACCCGACCAAGUGCCAAUUUGGAGUAACAAACAUUGACUUUCUUGGCCACCGGGUGUCCUCGCAAGGUGCUGUUCCCCUGCCAACAUGGGUGGAGGCAAUUUUCCAUGCCCACUAACUGUCAAGCUGCUUCAGGACUUUCUCGAAAUGGUACAUUUUUAUAACAGUUUCAUUCCACACGCAGCUCAUCUCAGGCACCCCCUAUAUGAAGCAUUAAAGAGGAGGAAAGGUUCACAGGAGGUGAACUGGUCUCUUGACAAGAUGCAAGCUUUUGAAGACACAAAGUCUUCUCUGGCCAGUGCAACCUUGUGAGCACAUCCCUCCCCUACUGCUCCUUUGGCUCUCACUACUGAUGCCUUAAAUGUAGCCGUUUGUGCGGUUUGCCUUCUUCAGCAGGCAACUCAGGGCAGCCGAACGGAAAUACAGCACUUUUUACAGGGAGCUCCUGGCCUUGUUCCUGGCGACCCGCCAUUUCAGGUUCCUGUUGGAUUGUUGCGAUUUCACAGCUUUUGUGGACCACAAACCUCUGACUUAUGCCAUGGCUAAAACUUCAGACCGCUGGUCUACCCGCCAGCAACGCCAGCUUGCAUCCAUCUCAGAGUUCACUAUAAAAAUUAGGCAUGUGUUAAGUUAAAAGUUAAAGUUAAAGUACCAAUGAUUGUCACACACACACUAGGUGUGGUGAAAUGUGUCCUCUGCAUUUGACCCAUCUCCCUUUCCCCCCCCCUGGGAGGUGAGGGGAGCAGUGGGCAGCAGCGGUGGCCGCGCCCGAGAAUAAUUUUUGGUGAUUUAACCCCCAAUUCCAACCCUGGAUGCUGAGUGCAAAGCAGGGAGGUAAUGGGUCCCAUUUUUAUAGUCUUUGGUAUGACUCGGCCGGGGUUUGAACUCACGAUGGCUACAUAUGUGGAAGGUUGUAAGGAAUAGAUUGGUUUUUAACAAUCUAAAUUUCUGAAUAAACAACUACACAUGACAAUUAA